AUGGGGAGAGGAAAGGUGGUCCUGGAGAGGAUUGAAAACAAGAUCAGUCGUCAAGUAACUUUCUCCAAAAGAAGAAAUGGUUUGCUCAAAAAAGCUUAUGAACUCUCUCUUCUUUGUGAUGCUGAGGUUGCUCUUAUCAUCUUCUCUAGCCGUGGCAAGCUUUUUGAGUUUUGUAGCAGCACUGACAUUAACAAGACCCUCCAGCGGUACCAGCAAUGUUGCUACAGCACAGAAGGCGCCAAUAUUCCUGAGGAAGGGUCACAGACCUUAUACCAAGAGGUCUCAAGGUUAAGGGCAAGAUGUGAGAGUCUUCAGCGCUCUCAAAGGAAUUUUCUUGGAGAAGAACUUGAACCACUUACGGUGAAAGAGUUGAAGAAGAUUGAGAAACAGCUGGACAAAACUCUUUCAGAAGCUAGGCAAAGGAAGACGCAACUGUUAUUUGAUAGGGUGGAAGAGUUACGCAAAAGGGAACAAGAUCUUAAAGAAAAAAACCAACAGCUCUGGAUUAAGGUAUUUUUUUUCUUGAAUUCACACCAUUCAUAA